AUGGGGGUGAACAUUGUUAAUUGUAUGUGGUUGUUUAAACACAAAUUGAAGUCUAAUGGUGACCUUGAAAGGCGCAAAGCUCGUCUUGUUUGUGAUGGCAGGUCGCAAGAAGUUGGUGUAGAUUGUGACGAGACUUUCAGUCCGGAAACUAUUUAUAUGCACCAACCUACGGGUUUUGUCGAUUGGAGAGCACCCUCCUAUGAAAAGUAUGUAUGGGAGAUUUUAGAGCGAGCAGGUAUGGGCUCUUGUAAACUUGCAGCUAUCCCAGUUGACACUAAGUCUAAACUUAGUGCAGAUGCAGGACCACCUUUUCGGGAUCCUACUUUGUAUCGCAGUUUAGCAGGUACUCUUCACUAUCUUACUUUCACCAGGCCAUAUAUUGCCUAUGCAGUACAACAGGGACACCUCGUUUCAUGGUCAUCUAAGCGUCAACAUACUUUAUCUAAAUCGAGUGCAGAAGCAGAAUAUCGAGGCGUUGCAAAUGUUGUCUCUGAGGCAUGUUGGCUUCGUAAUUUUUUACUUGAGUUACAUUGUCCUCUUCGACAGGCUACUAUUGUUUAUUGUGAUAAUGUCAGUGCUAUCUACCUUUUUGGAAACCCGGUACAACACCAACGCACCAAGCAUGUGGAGAUGGAUAUUCAUUUUGUUCGAGAAAUGGUUGCUUUGGGACAGGUUCGGGUUCUAUAUGUUCCUUCUAGAUAUCAAUUUGCGGACAUUUUCACAAAAGGCCUACCACGAGGUUAUUUUUGGAUUUUAGAUCCAAUCUUAGCGUACGACCUCCUCCCGCUAUGA